AUGAGCCGACUCUCUAAAGAGGAGCAGGAUAACUACGACAUUAAGAAUGCGGCAGCAGAGUUUUACCGUGUUAACAGAGUCCCUCAGGAGAUAGAGACAGCCCUCAAUGAGCUCUUCUUUCACAAGCCCGAAGAUGUUUAUGGUUACCUGGUUAAUUACUUUACAAACCUAUAUGCACCGCCGAGGAUCAGCAGACUGACGGGAAGGGAGGUUUAUGAUGCAAGAGGGCAACUAUCCAUCAAGGCAGAGGUCUUCUGCAUUGUUUGCAACAAGGAAAAGAGCAUGUUCUCAGCUGCCAUCUCCAGUCACUUUGGGCCUAACGAGACAUCACUGGACUGGAGAGCGAAGAGUCAGGAGAGGGCUGACCAUGUGAUGACUGCUGCCCAGUGGAUUAAUGAACAUCUGAACAACAUGCUGAAGGGCCAAAACCCCUGUGAUCAAUCUGACGUCGACCAUAUUCUCAGUAAUUUCUUCAUGGCCCGCUACCUGGAGGAGAAAGACGUCCGGAACAAGGAAAAGGAGGAAAGUCGUUCACCCAGUGAGCAUGAGGGAGUGUUGUCUUCUCCACUACCCCCACAGAUGAAAGCCAAGAAAAGUAUUGAUAAAGGUAGAAAGAGCAACACUGCAGAGAAGCCAAUCCCUUCAGCAGAGCCACCCGAGCCAGUUUUGCCUGGGAGCUUGGCCAUUGGCUCAGUGUCUCUGGUAGUGGCCAAAAGUGGGGCAAAAAUACAGGAUAUCCCACUGUACAAAUACAUAGCAGCUCUGAAAAACAGAAAGGUUCCAACACAGUUUCACAUCCCUGUCUCUUUGGUAACUUUGCUGAACUAUGGGAAGACUUCUCCUGGAAAACUGAAUUUACUUGAGGAAGUCAUCCUGAUCCCCAAAGUUGGACAGCGAGUCAAACAAAUAAUCACAAUGACCCUUGAGAUACAGAAGGAGAUGAUGAGAAUAAUGAACACUGCAACAAAAGCCGGGGCCAUCCAGGCAAUGCUGUGUGACAGGGGAAUGAUGGCUGUGACCUAUGAGCGACCCGAGCAGCCUCUAGAUCUGAUCACUGAAGCCUGCACUAAUGUUGGACUGGCACUGGGGACAGAGAUCCAUUUAGCAGUAAACUGUGCUGCCCCUGAGUUAUUGGACUAUUCUAAGGGAAAGUAUGAAGUUGUAACAGGAGUUUUGAAGUCACCAGAUGAAUUAGUUGAUCUGUACCAAAACCUCAUCAGCAAAUACCCAGCAGUGGUGGCCUUAAUCGAUCCAUUUAGGAGAGAGGACAUAGACCAGUGGGAAAAGUUAUGCAAUGUGAUUGGAGGCUCAUGUUCGCUGCUCUCUGACAUGACUUACAAGUUAAAGGCUCCGCCCCUUCCAGGAGUCAGAUGUCACAUCUUAAAACACAUUAAUGAGACAACAGUCAGUGAUUUGAUCACCAAAGCAUCAGAUUCACAAGGAGUGUUGUUAAUGGGAACAGCACGCAGUGAGCCCUGCAGUGAUGACUCUUUGUCAGAUAUAGCUGUGGAUCUGGACCUCGACUAUAUCAAACUGGGAGGUCUGAGCGGCGCUGAGAGGGUGACUAAAUACAACCGGCUGAUUUCUAUAGAGGAAGAACUGGCCCAGCAGGGAAUCUUGGUCUCCAAGGAGCAGCACCCCCUUCCACUGUUCACUGAAAAACUUCAGGAGCAGUCAGCUACUGCGUAG